GCUUACUAGUAGUGCCAAGAUACGUCCUUGACAGAACGCCAUGAAGAACUUGUUUUCGUUCGGUACACCGGCAGAGCUGGCCAUCAACUUCACCGGAGAAGAUUCACGCCGAAAGGAAGGCGACUUGUUGAUCUACGCGCCGACGGACGACAUUAGCGGCACCUUGCGCUUGACCGCCAAGAAAUUGGACCAUGGCGGGAUCAAAGUGGAGCUAAUAGGGGUGAUUCAAACCACUGUAGACAAAAGCUCUCAGUUUGAAUUCACGGCAUCUGUGCGUGCCUUGUUGCAGUCGGACACGCUGGACGGCACCGAGGUACACCCAGCCUUCGUCCGUCGCAUUGUCCUUACCGUGGUCCAGGAACUUCCCUUUGCCUUUGUGAACGUGGACAAGCCACACGAAUCGUACUAUGGCAAGACCGUCAAGUUGCGGUACUUUGUCCGCGCCACGGUCCUUCGCAGUUACGCCCCCAAUUUGACCAAGGAGCAAGACUUCCUCGUCCACUCGCCCGAAGUCACCCCGGAGCUCAACAGCACGAUCAAGAUGGAGGUGGGCAUCGAAGACUGUCUGCACAUCGAGUUCGAGUACAACAAGUCUAAAUACCAUCUCGACGACGUCGUGGUGGGCAAAGUAUACUUCUUGCUCGUGCGCAUCAAGAUCAAACACAUGGAGCUCGCCAUCGUUCGUCGGGAAGCGUCGGGAUCUGGACUCGACAAGCUCACGGAUACGGAGACCGUCACCAAGUUUGAAAUCAUGGAUGGCGCGCCGGUCAAAGGCGAAUCCAUCCCCGUGCGGCUGUUUCUUGGAGGCGUCGGCCUCACGCCCACGUUCAAGAACGUCAACAAUAAGUUUUCGGUCAAGUACUUCCUCAACCUCGUCCUCGUCGACGAAGAGGACCGCCGGUACUUUAAGCAGCAAGAGAUCACAUUGUGGCGCAAGCAAGUGUAAUGUUAAAAACUGUUCACUCAUGCAUACCAAA